AUGCGUUCCAUUGCAAUCACGUCCGGAUUGAUGGAAGCUAAAAAUAAUGGUACAGGAAUUAGAUUAGAACUAAAAUAUGACCACAUAAAAUCUGGUGGGUUUUUACCGUUGCUAUUGGCAGGCAUUGAUGCUCUAGGAUCAUUAAUUGGAACAGGAAGUGCUAUAGCUAAUACCGUUAUCAAUAAGAAAGCUAAAGAUAAAGAGUUAGAGGAACAGCAAAGACAUAAUAAAACUAUAGAAGGAAAAGGAUCUCAAUUUCAAUAUUACAUAUCCGGAAAGGUGGUUAGGGAAGAUAAUAAUAAUGACUUAAACCAAAAUAAUACUGUACAUCUUAUUGACAAUUUUCCUGCUUUUCUAUUUUCUGAAAUAGAAGUUAGGAAACAUAGUAAAGUAAUAGACCAAAUUGAAUGUGUUGGAGUUACUAGUACAAUUAAAGGAAUUGUAUCUUUCUCUAUAGAUAGAAACGGCCCAACAAUUAUUUCAGGAUUUGAAUCAAAUUACAAAGCGAACGUUCAUUCUUUUUCGGUGGUUGGUAACCUGUCUAAUUUUGGAUUAGGAUUCUUUAAAGAUGUUAAAAAUCCAAUAUUUAAAGGUGGUUUUGAGUUAAUUUUUACUAGAAAUGAUGAUCAUUUUGCUAUUCAUAAGGAAGCAGCUGAUCCAAGAGCAAAAAUAAUCAUUGAAGAAUUUCUUAUUCGAGUACCAAUCAUAACAUAUGAUGAUAUGUCAAAACUUCAACUAAUUAAUGACUUAAAGGAAUUAUCACAACAAAAUGAAUAUUUGUUCAGCUUUAGAUCUUGGCAAUGUAUUCCGAAUAAGAAUAUUAGUGGAAAGACUCUUAAUUUAGAUAUUACAAACAUCUACAGAAAUGUACACAACCCUUUAUUUGGUUUUGUUGCUUUUCAAACAAACAAAGAUUCAAACUAUAAUCAAGAUCAAAAUUGUAGUGAUUUUGAUCAUUGUAAAGUAAAAAAUAUUUGGUUUGAAGUUAAUAAUAAAAGAUAUCCUGAGGAAUUAUUAGAUUUAGAUUGGGACAAGGAAAAAUAUGCCAUUGCAUAUGAUAUGUUAACUCAUUACAAGAAAGUGUUUGUUAAAACUCAAAACAACAAUAUUCGAGAGAAUAUAUAG